AUGAAUUUGAGACCACCAAAUAUUAGUCCUGUUGAUUGGCAGAAAUUUGUCAAACUCAAAACUAGUGCUGCAUUUAAGGCCGUGAGUGAGAAAUAUAAAGCAAAAAGAAAGAAUCAGAUACCUCACACCACUAGUCGUAAAGGGAUCAGCAGACUAACAGAAGAAAUGAAAGCUGAAAGUGAAGAUCCUUCCAGCGUGACAAGACUAGAUGUUUGGAUCAAGUCUCGCACCAAAAAGGAUGGUACACCAGUAGAUACGAAUGCAGCUGAUUUGAUUCAAAAAGCAGCUGAAAUUGGUGGAAGUGAUGCUCCAGCAUUUUUAACAAAUCCAGAUGAAGAUCACCUCGCCAAGCUUUUAGGACCUGACAAUUCUGGUAGGCUGAGGGCAAUGGGUAGAGGCAUGAGUAAGACCAAAUUAGCUUGUUUACAAAUGCAGAGCAAGUGUAUGGCUGAAAUGGAAGAGCGGCAAGUAAAAUUAGUAAAACAGGUCAAUGCCUUGGAAAGUGAACUUGGCAGAAUCAAGAAUCAGAGACCAGAAGCUGAAAUGGAUGAAAACUCAGCUGCAAGAGUAACAUAUUCUUACUUCUUUUCAUAUCAGCUAAGUGAUUCUUCUUAGUGUCGUUUAUGAUUC